AACGCGCACGCUAUAAUUCCACUAUAUAAGCUCCGUCUCCCAUUAUGAAGGAAUCGUAGUUUCUCUGCCUAUCACUUCAAGAAAGUUCGAAUUUUGACGGAUUACGAUUUCAUUCAAUCAUGAAUAGAAUUCUGUUCCAUGUACUUACAGUAGCUUUCAGCUUACUUGUGAUCAGUGUUUCAGCAGAAUAUCCAGGUUAUGAAUCCAUAAAUGCCUAUGGAUAUGAGCCAAAACACCCACCACAUCCAUAUGGAUUCGGUUAUGAGAUUAAGGACCACCACGGCAAUCAACAGUACAGAAAAGAACACAGUGACGGCAAAAAAGUCAUUGGUAGCUACGGAUACACCGACGCUCACGGAAUUCAUCGUCUUGUAGACUACGUAGCCGACGAACAUGGUUUCAGAGCCAAAGUGAGAACCAACGAACCAGGAACCGCUAACCAAGAUCCUGCCAGUGUCCAUAUGCAAUCAACAUCAUACCACGGCCAUUUGGGAGAUUAUCAUUAAGGUUUCCUGAAUAAAACAAAAGAGAUUUUGCAUGGUCAACAGAACUGAUUAAAAGACGAUUUUGUACAUAAAGGACAAUUUUAAAUGAUACCUUUCAUUGAAUCAACUGCCAAUAUGCAUUUCAUAGAUCAUUCUCACUCAUGCAUCUGGAAUUGGUUCAUUUUAUAAAAUCAUCUCUCGAAAAAAAAAUCAUAUUUAUAUUAUUUGUGUUUAUGCUUUGUGUUCUGCAAUCUAUGAUACACAUAGUUGUAUUUAUUUUGCAUUGACAGUACUGUGAAAUGUCCAAUGUGAUAUGUAAAUAAAGUGCGUGUUUG